UUGCCUUUCAUCUGCAAACAUGUCUGGCCUAAGUGGACCUCUUGUACUUGUUUGUUGGAUCACCAUUCUCUGUUGGGCAGAUUGUAGCCCCUCUCAGCAGGAUGAUAUGGCACCUCUUAAAGUUGAAUUCCAUUCCUUGGACUUCAGAAAUAUCUUACACUGGAAACACCCACAUAUGUCUGCCAACGGCCUGAAAUAUUUUGUUCAGUAUAAAGUAUAUGGAGACAAGGAAUGGACUAAUUGUGAACACUGUCAAGGCACCAGAAUGCUCCAGUGUGACCUGAGUGAGGUGACAUCAGAUCCCAGAGAAUGGUAUUACGCCAAGGUCCGUUCCCACUCCCCUAAAGGCCCCUCAUUGUGGGUCAUCAGCCCCAGAUUUCACCCUCAGUGGGAUACCAGCUUCAGCCCACCCCGGAUAAGGCCGAGAGUGACAGGACAAGUCAUUUCGGUUCAGAUCCGACCUCCAAGAUCUCCACUGCUAGGACAGAAUGGCAAUAGGAUACGAGUGACAAAACUGCAGAAACUAAUAUUCAGGAUAUACCUAAUGCACAAUGAUGUAGAAGAGGAAGUCCUCGAAACUGACAGUUGCUCAAAGGAGCUUGUGAUCCAGGGGCUGCGUCCCAAAACCACCUACUGCCUCCAUGCUGUGUCUGUGAUUCCUCUCACAGGCCGCAAGAGCUUACGGAGUUCCAGCACCUGUAUCAGAACUCACUGAUGGCAAGGGAGUCUCCCACAAGCUGAAGCUGUUUCUGGAAAUUUCUUAAACACACAUUACACACAUACGUGCACACACUGCAAAUUCCCACAAAUGUCAUGUUUACUACAAGAUCGAGGCCUGGCCUUAGUAUACAUUAUGUUAGGUAAGGGAUAGUUCACCCAAAAUGAAUAUUCUGUCAUGACUUUCUUCCUUGGAAAAGAUGCUAGACAAACUAUACAUUCAGGAGAACUAUCCUUUUAACGUUAAUGCCUACAGAAAAUAAAUGCAUAAACAAAUGCAGUGAUCUGUUUUAAGGCAGAAAGAUUAACAAUUUUUUUUAACCCAAUGCUCCAACAUACCACAUUUACAGUAAACGAAGAGAGAUCCAGCACUUGACGAGUGGAAGGAAUCAUGAAAGAAAAUUGUGAGAAGACCAAAACUUAAAUGUUGUAUAAAGGAUUUAUUGGUCACUUGUGUACAGUAAAAUAGUAGAAUUUGAUAUAAAUGAGAUGCUUGUGGGCUCAGCCCUUUUUUCUCUGAGCCCUCCUGGAGCAAAUGACCAGUUUGGUGAAGCAUCACCAGUCUAUCUCUGAAUAGAACAACUUUAAACAUUAAAUUGGUCACAUGGGUAAUCCAUUGGAUAAAAACAAAACUAUUUGCAGUGCAUGUGUACCAUGUAACAAUUUUUCUAAACCACUUUGCACUCCAAAUGGAAACCACGUACCCCAAGACAGUAUGGGCAACUUCAACUUUGGUGAAAACAACUCUUCUUUUGCUUAAUUCCCAACUCCACUGAAGAUUUGUCUAUCACAUUUUGUGUCCUUCACAGACCAAAUGAAACAACUAUUAAGAUUUGAUACAUGUAAUUCUCCUAUUUCAGGAGAAAUGAUUGUGCUUAAAUAAUACCAGAUGAAUCCCUCAAAAACAGGUAUCAUAUUAUGUUACUUCAUUUUAAAAGUAGUGAUCAUUGCAAGACAUAAAAAAGAGGCACCACAAUGUCUCUUGAAUACAUUGAAUUAACGUGCAGUUAGCAAAACACUAAUCCAGUCCUGUGAGAAUUGUUUUUUUUUUUUACAACAUCUUAAGAUAACAAAAUAAAAGUAAUGAGCAACCAUAUUUACAUAGUUUACAUUUUUUAACUCCAGUGCUACCCUUAAACACAAUUUGUUCUUCAAAGCACAUCACUGCACAAUGGUUGUUGUUGAACAGGAGAAAAUGCUGGUCGUUGUGAAAACCUGUGAAUUAUGAACAAAAAGCAUAUUUACUCUGAAUUCUAUAAUUAUAGUAAUUUACAGUAUAUAAUUUACCAGUCCUUACUAGAACUAAGAAAAGCUUUUCAAUACUGUAUAUGGGAAGUCACGUCUCAUCAAACACAGCUAUUCCAACAAACAAACAGUUAUAAUACUCUUCCACUUGACACCAUAUAACCCAAAAAACCUGUUCAUUUUGUUCAAUUAAGCAUGUUUCAAAUCACAGUCUCCACUUCUUGAAAAGAUACAAAAUGAUUAAUCCUUUAGGAGGAUAUUGUAAAUGUCACAGAGAGAACUGAAAUCAAGGUGAUGUACUAAAUUCAACAAUAGACAAUUAACAAAAUCUUUCAGUCCACUAAACAGGGUAAUGAUUUAAAGUACAGUUAGAAUAAAAAGACUGACAGUUAAAAGACCAUUUUUGAUUCAUGGCAGCAGCCUUAAAUAACUAAGAUACAGUACAGGUAAAGAUGCACCAAAUCAUGAUUUAACAUAUAUAACAUCCAAUUACGUUGAUAAACAUUUUAUUUUGACGUUUUAAUGAACCCACUGCAGUGUAAACUUUAAAAGCAUUCUAGCAUUUGAAUGAAAUUAUUGUUGGAAUGUGAUAUUUAUCACAUUACAAUGAUUGAACAAUAGCUAACAUACUUUAUCAAUAUUCGUUUUAUUCAAAUUGGCUGUAGAUUGACAAUGUGAUGUCCAUAUACAAAGUUCUGAGUGCCUCCCAACUGAGUUGAUUAACAACACUAAAUUCAUGCCAAAUUGAAUUUUAGAAAUGCAACUUACAGAUAUACAAUCCAGAAAUGUGCACUUCUGGCAGACAUAAUUACAUGAAAAUGAAUUUGAAUUCAUGUUAAAAAUGUCAAAAGGUGCAUUCAUUUCAUCCAGCAAGUCAAUCAAGUGGGUAUCCAAUCGAGCUUUAAAAACAAAGCAGUCAACUGCAUGGUUCAGGAAUCAAUUUCAAACAAGUCAUAACAGACAAAACCUUCCAAAGCAAGGUAGUGUUGGUAUAGACAUUAGUAUUGGCAUCUUUUAACUAGCUAUGCCACUUAAUCAGAUUACUAAUAGCUCCUCUUUCCAACAUCUAUAUAAUAUUUAUAAACACUGUUGGUGAUGUUCAUGUCUUUCAUAUGAAACUAUGUGACAGACUAAAAUGCCUGAAUACUUUCUAAAAGUAUCGGAGAUAUUGUUUAUCAGUGUAAAAAUGUAUGAUUCAAGUCCUUGCUUAAAAAACUACAAACCAGCAAUUCUACAGUACAUUUACUGGAAUGUCACUUAAUAUUAAAUUACAUAAAGCAAACAGAAUAUAAAUAAAAGUACCACAGAAUAACUACAGCAGCAAUGGCUCAAAUAAAGAUCAAAGGCCAUGAUGUUAAUCUUGGAAAAACAAAACU